AUGGCCUUCACAACUAAUGGAUUUAGAUCAUGGAAGAAGGUAAAUGAUGGAAAAAAUUGUGCUUUUUUAAAUCACAUUGGAAAAGAUCCUAACUCAUCACACAAAGUGGCAAUGCAAUGCUAUCAUGAUUUGGAAAACUCAUUGCAACAUCUUGAUAAAAUUAUUGAGGUGCAAAAUUCUGAGCAGGUUGCAAAAAUCGGUUGCAACUUCAAGUUUCAAGCGGUGGCUUUUAGGGGUCAUGAUGAAAGUUUAGAUUCUAACAAUCGAGGUAAUUUUAUUGAGUUGAUUAAGCAUGUGUCUUCUUAUUAUGAAAAAAUGGCUGCUGUGGUCCUUGAUAAUGCUCCUCGAAAUGCAUCUUAUACUUCUCCAAUGAUCCAAAAGGAGAUAUUGUCCACAACAUCUCAAGAGGUAAUUCCUGUGGAACAAUUCUUUACAUACUUAUCUCUUCUUAUAAAUUUAAUUUCAUCUUCUUGCAAACGUGUGGACCAACUUAGAGUUGCUAGAGCUGCUAGAAUUACUGAAUUGAUUGCUAUUGAUGAACUUGAGACUGAAUAUAAAGACAUUUGCUAUGUCCUAAUUGAUGUUAUCAAUUAUGGAAAUACAUCAACUCAAAGAAGUGAAGCUGACAGAGUUUACGAUUUCAUGACAUCCUUUGAUUUUGUUCUUGUUAUGCAUAUGAUGAGGGACAUUUUAGGAUUUGCACAAGUACUUUCUCAAGCUUUACAAUGCAAAUUUCAAGAUAUUUUGAAUGCCUUUAAAUUGGUUUCAGUAACAAAAGAUCGACUUCAAAGUUACAGAGAUAAUGGAUGGAAUGAAUUGUUCACCAAUGUAAAGACAUUUUGUGAUGCACGAAAUAUAGAGAUGCCUGAUAUUAAUGUCAUUUAUAAAGCAGGUCGAGGAAGAAUUCGAAAACAAAAUGAUCCAAUUACCAUGGAGUGUCACUAUAGGAUUGAUAUGUUUUUGGCAACGGUUGAUUCUCAAAUACUUGAAAUGAAGAAUAGGUUUAAGGAAGAUGUAAUAGAGUUGCUUAUUCUUAGUUCAGCAUUGCACCCCAAAGAUAAUUUCCAGGCUUUCAAUAUUGAACAAAUUUGUCAACUUGUAAACAAGUUUUAUUCAGCUGACUUCACAGAUCAAGAGAAGUUACACUUAAGAACUCAAUUAGAGCUUUUCCAAAUUGAGUUUUCCUGUAAUUCUCAGCUUCAAAAUUUGUCAUCACUUCAGGAGUUGUGCCAAGUGUCAGCAAAGACAAGAAAGUCAAUGUGCUAUACUCUUAUUGAUAGAUUGAUUCGUCUUAUUUUGACUCUUCCUGUUUCAACAGCUACAACAGAGCGUGCAUUUUCUGUUAUGAAAAUCAUCAAGACUUGUUUGCAUUCUAGGAUGGAGGAAGACUUUUUUGCUAACUCUAUGAUAAUGUAUAUUGAGAAAGAAAUUGCAAAAACUUUUGAUAUAAAUUCAAUCAUUGAUGACUUUGAUAAAAUUAAAAGUCAUCGUGCACAAUUUCAUAUGUCUCACACAGUCAAAUAG